AUGUACAAGUUGAGCGGGAGCCUUUCCGGGCACGAGCAAGAUAUCAAGGCAAUUGCCAAAGUUAACGACGUCACCAUUGUUUCUGCGCUGAGAGACUCUACGGUGAGACUGUGGAGUAAGCCAUAUGAGAAUUUGCCCUGGUCGUCGGCCAUUGAAUCAAGUAUAGUGUACCAGGCUGAAAACAGGCAGUUUCUCAACUCGUUGGCGGUCUUGCCACAGUCGAAAUUGAUAGCCAGUGGGGGCAUAGAUGGGAUUAUUAAUAUAACCGAAGAGUUUAGCAGUACUCCAGUGAAGGUGUUGGUAGAUGGUCACACCAAAAAUGUGUGUUCGUUGAAUGUUUUGCCUGAUGAUGAGUCGCUUUUGCUUUCCUCGUCGUGGGACUGCACCUCUAUCGUGUGGGACUUGAAUACAAACUCGAAGAAAUAUGUGUUAUCAGGCCACAAGGCGUCGGUCUGGGACGCCAUAUUCAUUGACUCCGAGAAUUACCUAACAGGUUCAGCAGAUGGAACCAUCCGUAGAUGGCGUGGUGAAUCCCAAGUGGGAGAGUUUGUUGGUGGUCACACCGAUGUUAUUCGUAAGCUCUUGUUGUUACCAGGUGGUAAGCAGUUUGCCUCGUGCUCCAACGACGGAAACAUAGUCAUAUGGGACUUAGCCACGAAGAACGUGGUAAAGAAAUUCAUCAGUGCACACGAUUCGUUCAUAUAUGAUUUGGCUCUUUUACCAAACGGAAAUCUUGUUUCUUCUGGUGAAGAUAGAACUGUGAGAGUCUGGCUGUUGGAGUCUGGCUCGGCCAUCCAGGCUAUCACGCUCCCAUGCAUUUCUGUUUGGUGUGUAGAUACCCUUAGCAACGGCGACAUUGUCUGCGGUGGGUCUGAUAACAAAAUUCGUGUGUUUACUACAACCAGUGAAAGAAUUGCCGAUAAGGCAGAGUUGCAGCAGUUCCUGGACUCCGUGGAGUCCUCAUCGAUUCCGGAACAAUCAAUGGAUAAUUUAAAGAAAACUGAUAUUCCUUUGAAAAGUGUAGCCUUGCAGAAACAGGGGAAGGCUGAAGGUUCUACAGUCAUGGUCAAAUCCGAUGAAACUGGAGUUAUCGAGGCCCACCAGUGGUCUGGCGGCGAAUGGGUUAAAAUUGGAGAUGUUGUUGGAGGUGGAGGGUCAGGUGGUAGAGCCAAAGUAGAAUACUUAGGUGCUGAGUAUGAUUACGUGUUUGAUGUUGAUAUUGAAGACGGCAAGCCACCGUUGAAAUUACCUUUUAAUUUGAAUGAUAACCCUUACGAGGCUGCUACAAAGUUUUUGUCCGUGAAUGAGCUACCAUCUAGUUACACUAAUGAUGUGGUGAAUUUCAUAAUGCAAAAUACUCAGGGUGUGGAAUUAGGUGGUGAGCCAACAAAGAGAUAUGACGACCCAUAUUCUGAUGCUUAUGCCAGAAAUCAGAAGAAGAAAAACGCUACUGAGUCUACGAAUAAACUGCUUAAGUUGAUUCCUCAGAAAGAAUCGAUCUAUUUCACUGACUUCAAGUCGAAUAUAUUGGUUAAAGGCUUGAUUAAGUUUAAUAAUGAGGUGCAGGAAAGUGAUACUGCAUUGACUCACAAGUUGACGCCCCUGGAGAUAGCUGAGGUAGAAGCUUCGAUUACUUCUCCAGAUUUCAAUUCCAAGCAAGCUUUGAACAUAAUCACUUUGAUCCUUCCAAAAGUAUUCCAAUGGCCGCUGCAAACAUCUCAACUCAUUGGAUACGAUUUACUCAGAGUCAGUGUAAGGAAGGUCACUACUGUAGAUAUUUUGCAAUCAUUGGAUGGAGCUCAAAUCAUCGCUUCCGCGAUUAAAAGGGGAUUGGGUGCUAUAAAGCCUGAACAAGGCUAUAUCCCGUUGUUUAUGAUGAUAUUGAAGGUUUUAAAUAAUCUAAUUGGAACUACCUUGUUUUAUCAACUUUAUUUCACCAGCUCUGAUGAUUCAGGUGCCAAACUUGAGUAUAGUGAUGAUUUUAAGCAGGUUUUGAAUAAAAUCAAUGAAAUUGCUAGGUCGUUUAGCUCCUUCGAUGACCAUAAACAAUACGCUAAUACAAUGUUAGCUUUAUCUACUUUCAUUUACAACUUAUCGAUAUUACACCUUACAAACUCUGGAUUGGCUGGCAACGAAAAAGCUGCAGAGCCCAUUGUUGAGUUUUCCAAUGAAGUUGGAGACUUAUGUGUAGAGGCAAGCUCUGAGGCUGCAUAUAGAAUGGUGAUAGGAUACUCUAAUUUGAAGUUUGCUGGUGUAAUCUGGGAAGAAAAUGCUGAGUGGUUGAACAUUUGCAGAAUUCUCUAUAUUGACAGCGUCCAAGAGAAGAGGUUUGUUGAGUUAUAUGAAGAUGUGAAACAAUUAUGGGCAAGGGAAUGA